CGUUAGUGUCGGUGAGAGUUUCGGAGGAGGAAGGUUAGCGGAGUUGCGGCCUCAGCAGGGCUCAGGCAGGUUCUGGGCAUCAUGGAGGAGACGGAGGGCACGUAUCGUGUGCUACAGACGCCCGGUGCCCGUCUUGGCACCCAGAGAAACGCUGGCAUCAGCACGCUCGAGCCGGGGCAGAACCUCAACACAGCUUUGUCGUCUUCUCCUCCCAAGAGUUCAAACCAUGACAUGCAGUCCUAUGUGCAGUUGCUGGAUGGCACUUGGUUCCCUGUGGAUAUAGGGCCGAAGACCACAGGACAGGCAUUGCUGAGCCAACUGUUCACUCCUCUAAACGUGGUGGAGACGGACUAUUUCGGGGUUGAGUUCCAGACGGCACAGUCGCACUGGGUGUGGUUGGAACAACUGAAAUCUGUAACCAAGCAGCUGCGCAAACCAAAGAACGCCAAAAUGCGAUUGGCUGUGAAGUUUUUCCCGCCUGAUCCUGGUCAGCUACAGGAAGAAUACACAAGGUACCUCUUUGCCCUUCAGAUCCAAAGGGACCUGGGUGAUGAGCGGCUGACCUGCAGCGAUAAUACGACAGCCCUGCUUAUUUCUCUGCUAAUGCAAUCUGAAAUUGGAGAUUACGAUCAGAAGACAGAUCUGGAACAUCUGAAAAGCACACUUUAUGUGCAGCGGCAGCAUAGCCUGGAAGAACGGAUUGUGCAAUGUCACCAACAGCACAUCGGGAUGUCCCCUGCGGACGCUGACUUUCAGAUACUUGAGAUUGCACGGAGGUUAGAUCUGUACGGAACACGUUUCUACCUGGCCUCUGACAAAGAAGGUGCCAAAAUUAACCUGUCUGCGUCGCAUACGGGAGUACUUGUUUUCCAGGGCAGCACAAAGAUCAACACCUUUAACUGGUCAAAGAUAAGAAAACUCAGCUUCAAGAGGAGACGAUUCCUUAUAAAGCUGCAUCCAGAAGUUCAUGGUCCGUACCAGGAUGCGCUGGAGUUUCAGCUGCCUAGUAGAGACAUGUGUAAGAGGUUCUGGAAGAUCUGUGUUGAGUAUCACAGCUUCUUCCGUCUCCAGGAUCAGCCCAAGCCCAAGUCUAAAGCAGUCCUCUUCAGCCGAGGAUCGUCAUUUCGGUACAGUGGGCGCACACAGAAACAGCUCAUAGACUAUGUUCGGGACAACAGCCUAAAGAGACCCCCUUCUGAAAGGAGACACAGCAAAGCCAGAGUGUCCCCUUGCACUGUGAUCCCUGACUCUCCAAAGCAGAACCUUUUUUUCACUGAGAGUGUGACCGUUCCUGCAUCACCUUCACCGCCUUCCCUAGCACCUUAUUCUACCCCAACCGUCCCUUACCAGAAGCGCCAACCUAACAAUGAUGUCAACGUAGAUACUCCACCACAAGAGGAACCUUCCCACAGAGAUCCAGAGGAAGCAAGACACCCAACAGCAUCACCAAUACAAGGUCUCUCCCCACAACCCAACCCUUCUUUACAUAGUAGACCAGAUUCAGGAGGUAUUAAUGAUGUAGAAAAAUCCAAGCAGGGUGAGAAUGUCAGAUUGUGGGUGUCAGAGGCUUCUGACUCUCUCCUACUGACCGAAGAGUUUAUAGAUGAUGAUCCAGCUGACAUAUCUUUUGGCGGUGGGGCUGAGCUAUACUCAUACAGUGGCAGAGAGGUGUCUCCUAUCCACGAGGACCUUCCACCAGACGAGUUUUACUUGGAGGAAAUGAACGCAAGAGAUUUUAAUGGCAACGCAAGGCCUACAGAUGCUACAGAGUUGUUUGAAAUGAAGGCCCAGGCUAGUCUCAUGCAAAGCCUCUUAAGCCCUUCAGAAAACAGCUCCUUACUCCAACAUCGUUCUGAGAGCAGUUCUCUGCUCCACCAUCGUUCAGAAAGCAGCUCCCUCUCCAACCUCAACGGGAUUCCUCCUUACUCUCACUCUGCAAACCACUCCACUGCUAGCUCUAUGAUAAACUUCCCGGCCUGCUCUGUGCGCUCUGAAUCUAGCUCGGCUUUCCAGUUUGGAGACAUCUUGGACCAGCUGGAACAGCUGAGCUAUCCCCCGACAACAACGGAGGACUCGAGCAGCUCUGAGGGAAAUUCGUGGGACUCUGAGGAGGAGACGCCCCUAGAUAUCAACUUAUUUUUCAGCAAUCCUUUAACAAAUUACCAUGUAAACUUAAAUCAGUUCGGGAUUCAGGAUAAGAGGGACAUUCCAGACAUACUUAAAAUGUCCUACAAGUACAAGGUGGCCUACACGUUUGAGCCCAAAACUCGUUUCCUUUCGCUCGCUUCUGCAGGUUCCUCUUGUAGACCUAUAAACCGCAUUGCAUGGCUUGACCUGCGGUGGUGCAGACGAUCUGCUGUGAUAGUCCAGUUAAUGCGAUCACCAAACAUAGUUAAUGGACUCCACAUCAGCACCCUUCUUAACAAACUAACAUCUCAAUGUCUCUGUGUCUUCAUCUGUCUAGGGUGUUAUCUGUCUCCUGUGACUCUCAGUUUACCCUCCUCUAAUGUCCAGACGGGCAGCUCUCCUUUACUGAGUCCGGCUUUAAGUGACAGCGGUAGUGGCAGAACCGAUGAUUUAGAGGAGUCUUCUGAGAACAAGAUGGAAGAGGCUUAUUACAUAACCAAAGAAAUACUGAGUACAGAGACCUCGCAUAUUAAGGAUAUUGAAGUCAUAACUGUGUGGCUUCACGGGGCUCUCUGUAAAGGAGGCGUUCUUCACGGGGCGUCUGAGAAACUGAUGAAGCCUCUGUUUUUUAACAUGGCUUCUGUGCAUCAAUUUCAUCAAAACUUUGUGCAGCAGCUGGAGGACGUCCUUGCUCUCUGGUCAGUACGCCUAGGAGCACUGGUGGACAUGCCUACUCCUCACUCACCUCCUACUUCCACUCAAAUAAAGGCUAGACUGAUCCCCACCCCUAGGCAAGGCUACCUCCUCAAGAGGGUGAGCUGUGGAUACCCUACCCUGGAAAGACCCCAGGUAAUAUGGCAUGCACCUACUUGUAUGUUUAUUCAUUUUCUCUUACAUGCAUGUGCUACUAGGGAAGGCCGAUCUGCACAUUCUAAGGACACGCAGAUAAUUGGAGACUUCAUGCUAAGGAACAUGACCUCUCUACGGGCACUCUUACCUCUCCUACAUAGACUAGAAGAUGUGUUUCCUGAGCUGCAAAAUAAGUCUCCCUCACAUCAGGAGGUUGAGGUUUUGUUGCAGGAAUUUGAGCAACAUCGGGUGUGUUACCUUCCUCUCAGCUGUCUUCUCCUUAAGCCAUUACAGCGCCCCUUGCAGUAUGAAAAGCUGCUGGAGAGACUGUGUCGGCAUUACCCGCCAUCUCACCAUGACUACAACAACUGCCAGCGAGCUUUAGGCGAGGCGAGCGCAGUGAGUUCCCAGCUACGGCACCGUCUGCUGCACCUUCAGAACCUGCAGAGACUCCAUCAGCUUCAGAAGGAUCUGCUUGGUGGAGAGAACUUGGCAUCCCCCGGCCGAGAGUUUAUACGUGAGGGCUGUCUAUUCAAACUGACCAAAAGCGGCCUGCAGCAGCGCAUGUUCUACCUCUUCUCGGAUAUGCUGUUAUACACACGGAAAGGGCUGAGCUGCACAAAUCAGUUCCGGGUUCAUGCGCGGCUUCCUCUGCAUGGAAUGCUGGCUGAGGACAUUCAGAGUUCUGUCCCCCACUGCUUCACGAUCUACUCUGCACAGACCACUAUUGGGGUGGCUGCCAGUUCACAGCUUGAUAUGAGGCAAUGGUUGGAGGAUCUGAAUGCCGCCGUAAGCCGAGCGCCCCGAUGUGGGGAGCUGCCAGCGCCUUCACUCCAGCGCUACAGGGGAAUACUUUGUGUUCUUUGUACAGAAGCAGUUGUGACCUCCUCUGCAGAGAGUCAUCACCCUAACACCCUGAGUCAUGUGUGCUGGUACCGGAACCAGAGCGUGUCCCUCGCUGACCACAUCGCUAUGAUGGAGAAUCAGCUUUCGGGUUAUCUGCUCCGCAAGUUUAAAAACAGUAACGGCUGGCAACGCUUAUGGGUGGUUUUUACCAAUUUCUGCCUUUUCUUCUACAAGACUCACCAGGAGGAUGCCCCCCUCGCCUCUCUGCCUCUCCUGGGGUACACAGUGAGUGUCCCGUCACACACAGACCCCGUCAGCUGCCGGCACGUCUUUAAGCUGCACUUCAAAUCGCAUGUAUAUUUCUUCCGCGCUGACAGCGAGUACACGUGGAGAAGGUGGAUGGAAGUCAUCAGGCGUUGUGUGAGUUCUCCAGGCAAAAUAGGUCACUUUUCUGAAGAUGGAAACAUUAAGUGAUCGCUAGCAAGGAAAAAAA